AUGCUUCAGUUUCUUUACGUACUCCUGUGUUUCAUUCAGCUUCAAGCACAGGCAGAGAACACUCCUUGUCAGAUAAUGGGUGAACCUAAGGACCCUCUGCUUUUCAAGGAAGGAGACAUAACUAUCGGAGCACUUUUUCCAGUACACAGCAUAGAGACAUUAUCUUCAUUCAAGUUUACACAAAAACCUCAGUUACUAUCAUGUACCAGUGUCAAUCUGAGAGAUUUUCGACUAGCUCAAAUCAUGAUCUUUGCCAUUGAAGAGAUUAAUAGAAGUGAAAGUUUGCUUCCAAAUGUGUCUAUUGGCUACAAAAUUUAUGAUACCUGUAGUUCAAGAAUGUCUUCUAUGAGUGCAACUAUGGGACUAAUGAAUGGUUUAGAGUUUGUAGCACGGGACACAUGCAGUGGAAAUUCUCCUAUACAUGCUAUUAUUGGGGAAACAGAGUCCUCCGCCACAGUAAUUUUGUCCAGAACUACAGGACCUUUUAAAAUUCCAGUGAUUAGUCAUGCUGCCUCCUGUGAAUGUCUUAGCAAUAGAAAAGAUUACCCAUCAUUCUUCAGGACUAUUUCUAGUGAUUAUCACCAAGGCAGAGCGCUUGCAUAUAUAGUUAAGCACUUUGGCUGGUCUUGGGUUGGAGCUGUGAACAGUGACAAUGACUAUGGAAACAAUGGUAUGGCCAUAUUUCUCAACACGGCUCAGAAGGAAGGGAUCUGUGUGGAAUACUCAGUGAAAUUCUACAGAACAGAGUAUGAAAAACUCAAAAAAGUGGUAGACACAAUAAAAAAAGGCACAGCAAAAGUGAUUGUUGCAUUUAUUUCAUUUCUUGAGAUGAGCUUAUUAAUUGAACAGCUAAGUUUUCAGAACAUUACGGGCCUCCAACUAGUCGGUGUGGAGGCAUGGACAACUUCAAAAAGUUUAAUCACUCCAACAACCUUUCAUGUUCUGGGAGGUUCACUGGGGUUUGCAAUGAGAAAAAUCAAUAUCGAAGGUUUUGCUGAUUAUGUUAUAAAAACAUUCUGGGACACAGCUUUACCCUGCUCACGGAGUGAAGGUAAUGAUUCUCAAAUCAAAGUAAAUUGCAGCAGAUAUCAGGAUCUGCUUGUGUUGAAAAAUUACAAUGAAGAUGUGCCUGAGCACAGAUUUUCAAGCAACGUUUACAAAGCAGUUUAUGCUGUGGCUCAUUCAGUGCAUGUUCUACUCAAAUGCAGACAACAAAAAGGUUGUGAGAAAGGCCUGACAAUACAACCACAGCAAGUGGUUGAGGCUCUGAAAAAGGUAAAUUUCACUGUAAAGUUUGGAGAUUAUGUUUGGUUUGACAGCACUGGUGCAACAGUAGCCCAAUAUGAAGUUGUGAACUGGCAGCAGGACUCAAAUGGAUCAAUCCAAUUUAAAUCCGUGGGAUACUAUGAUGCCUCACUCCCCCCUGACCAGCGCUUUGUGGUUAAGACUGAAAAUAUAAUCUGGACUGGAGGACAGCUGAAGCCAAGGUCUGUGUGCAGUGAGAGCUGUCCUCCAGGCACUAGAAAGGCUGCACAGAAAGGAAGACCUGUCUGCUGUUAUGACUGUAUUUCAUGUGCAGAAGGAGAAAUCAGUAAUGAGACAGAUUCAAAUAACUGCAAGCAGUGUCCAGGGGAAUACUGGUCUAAUGAUGAGAAAAAUAAAUGUGUGCUAAAGGCUAUAGAGUUUCUGUCAUUCACAGAAGUUAUGGGUAUAGUGCUAGUCUUUUUCUCACUGUUUGGAGUAGGAAUAACUGUAUUGGUGGCCAUCCUGUUUUACAGUAAGAAAGACACCCCCAUAGUAAAAGCCAACAACUCAGAGCUGAGCUUCCUGUUGCUCUUCUCAUUAUGUCUAUGUUUCCUCUGUUCACUUACUUUCAUUGGUCGGCCUACUGAGUGGUCCUGUAUGUUGCGUCACACAGCAUUUGGGAUCACUUUUGUUCUUUGUAUCUCCUGUGUUUUGGGAAAAACAAUAGUGGUGUUAAUGGCCUUUAAGGCUACACUUCCUGGAAGUAAUGUCAUGAAAUGGUUUGGGCCUGCACAACAACGACUAAGUGUUUUUUCCUUUACACUUAUACAAGUUCUUAUCUGUGUGCUUUGGCUUACAAUGUCUCCUCCAUUUCCUUACAAAAAUAUGAAAUAUUAUAAGGAAAAGAUCAUUCUUGAGUGCAGUCUGGGUUCUACUAUAGGUUUCUGGGCUGUGCUGGGUUAUAUCGGCCUACUGUCUGUCUUGUGUUUUAUUCUGGCUUUUUUGGCUCGCACACUGCCUGAUAACUUUAACGAAGCCAAAUUCAUCACAUUCAGUAUGCUCAUAUUCUGUGCUGUAUGGAUCACAUUUAUACCAGCAUAUGUCAGUUCUCCUGGAAAAUUUACUGUAGCUGUUGAGAUAUUUGCUAUUUUAUCCUCAAGUACUGGUUUGCUUUUCUGCUUAUUUGCACCUAAGUGCUAUAUCAUCCUGCUUAAGCCUGAACAAAAUACAAAACAACGCAUGAUGGAAAAAGCAACAUCUAAGUUCUAUUGA